AUGUCUGGCCAAAAGGGCGAGAUCGUGGUUUAUACAAAAGAGUUAGAAACUACCCCCGAGCUUUUACCAAACCAUGAAGUUUUCAAGAUUAGGAUUGGCCAAAAGCUAUUUGAGAUCUCAGGUGCUACAUUGAAUUCGGAUGCGCCCAAUUUUUUCACCCAAUUCUUCAAUACGCACGAUAAAAAUACGAUUCUAUUUGUUGAUAGAUCGGAAGACGUGUUCAUCAUAAUAUACAGACAUUUACAAGGUUAUUUUCCCGAUAUUAAGAACGAAGUACAAUUUACCUGUCUUUUCGCGGACGCAUUAUAUUUUCAGUUACCCAAGUUAGUUAAACUCAUAAAAGAAUACGACUACCACUUCACUAAUAUUGGAGGUGUUCCCUUUAAGGUACCAAAAUCAUUAUUCCAUGAAGAAGGGAACCGGUUGAACUAUUUUGAAACGAUUUCUCGCAUAUCUUAUGAGGAAAUUGAGAAGUGGGAGUCAAAUAAGAAGCCGGGCUUUCCACCUUUAUUACCACCCUCAUAUAUUGCAAGGUCCCCAGAAUUUUUCCGAGAUAUAUUAUCUUUACUGGGCGGUUCCAAAUUAGAACUGUCUGAGGAAAGAACCGCAUCUCUGAUAAAAGAGUGUCGUUAUUACCGUCUCAACAGGUUGGAGCAGGAAUUAGUGCGGGCAAAAAUUAUAUAUAAUCCCUUAACUAAUUGUCAAGAAGUUUGCAUAGCUCUUGAUAGCGUCUCCAAGAAGGGUGUAACCAUUGAAAGGUUAACAUCACUUCAUACCGGAAACCAAUCUUUAGCGGUAAGCAGUUGUCUCAAUGGAACUGAGGGUGAAAAAGCCGCUACUGGAUUUCAUAAAACCGAGACUGAUUCAGGCAACAAUGAUGAAUAUGAACCUCCAACAAAAAAGGUAAAACAUUGUAUUGAAAGACACUGGAGCAUGUUAAAAUACCAAAGGCCUUAUAUCGAUACAGUUUCGCACGAUCUUAUUUUCCAAUUACACUCUAACCAGUGCAAAAUAAUAUUCAACAAAAAGAAUAAGACUGUUCAUGUAGACCUAUCCAGAGAGGCUGCAGUGUUGUUUGAAAACAAGUUCUCGGAUGUUUUAUUGGAAAACCCAGAUUUUAAAAUUGAUCUGUCCGAAUAUAAGGUCAAACUUCGUGACAGUCAAAUGCAAGUUGAAUCCCACUUAAUUAUUCCUGCAUGUGUCUCCAUUUGUGACUUGACGGUAAAUGGCGCAAAAUGCUGUAAUAUUUUCUCAUUAGUUAACGACUCCAAAUGUAAAGGGAGGGUCUUGGAUUGCACCAAUUUGAAAGUUUUGAAUUGCGUUCAUGGUUUGAAACUACACUUAUCGAAAUCCAUGUGGAAGCUAGGUACAAAUAAUGGAAGAAUCAUUCUCGUUGCUGUAAAAGCCGAAACCUUCUCUGGGACGAAGGAAUAUUGCAAAAUGAUUGAUUUUCUGUGA